AUGAUCGAAUCAGAUUUAAAGCAAUAUGAAAUGCUCAAAAUGAUAAAAAUUCAGAUAAUAUCCCCUCUCGAAGCUAGGUGGGUGGAGAGAAUCAUCCCAUUAAAAUAAAUAUUAGCUUUUAUUUAUUAUGAAAAUGGAGUUUAUUAAUUGUAUGAUAUAAAUAAACAAGUAAUUACUUAAAAAGGAUAGAUUUCAUAGAAUAUAAAGUUUUUCCUUGAAAUUUACACAAAGUAAUAUUUUUAAAUAUUUAGUAUUAGUGUUUUGAUAUUUCAUGAUCCCAUAGAUCUUUAAAUAAAAUUAUUAGACUUGAAUACGAAUUAAAUUAAUCCUAAAUUUGUGUUUAAAUCAAGUGACCAAAUAGAUAUCAAGAGUGAUUAAGAAACUAAAGAGAAAUUUGUAGAUAGUAUUAUAUAAUAUAAUAUUUUGGAUUUAGAAUUUUCUUUAUUGAUUGUUAUAAGAACUAAAUUAAAUAUUUGA